UGAGCAGGACCAGGGAAGGUGGGGGCCGCCGGAGGGAGGGGACACAGGAAGACUUUGCAGGAGAAAGACUGAGGGAAAGCGAGGGCUGGGCCGAGCCCGGAGGAUAGCAGCCAGCUGUGGGCGACUGGGUGGACUGCAGGGCCAGCCUGGCACCCCUGAGCCCCCAGCCCCAGCCCCAGGGGGCCCUCGAGCCCAGGCUGGCUGGCUGCUCUCCCAUCACUGGACCAGGAGGAUGGCGGACUCCUGCCGGAACCUUACUUACGUGCGGGGCUCGGUGGGGCCAGCCACCAGCACAUUCAUGUUUGUGGCGGGCGUGGUGGGCAACGGGCUAGCGCUGGGCAUCCUGAGUGCCCGACGGCACUCCCGGCCCUCGGCCUUCGCCGUGCUGGUUACGGGGCUGGCUGUGACCGACUUGCUGGGCACCAGCUUCCUCAGCCCUGCCGUGUUCGUGGCCUACGCCCGCAACAGCUCGCUGGUGGGCCUGGCCCGUGGCAGCCCCGCGUUCUGCAAUGCCUUCGCCUUUGCCAUGACCUUCUUCGGCCUGGCCUCCACGCUCAUCCUCUUCGCCAUGGCCGUGGAGCGUUGCCUGGCACUCAGCCACCCCUACCUCUAUGCCCAGCUGGAUGGACCACGCUGUGCCCGCCUGGCAUUGCCAGCCAUCUAUGCCUUCUGCACCCUCUUCUGCUCGCUGCCCCUGCUGGGCUUGGGUCAGCACCAGCAGUACUGCCCUGGCAGCUGGUGUUUCAUCCGCCUGCGCUCCGCCGAACCUGGAGGCUGUGCCUUCUCACUCGCCUACGCCAGCCUCGUGGCCCUGCUGGUAGCCGCCAUCGUCUUCUGCAAUGGCUCCGUCACCCUCAGCCUCUGUCGCAUGUACCGCCAGCAGAGACGCCACCAGGGCUCACUGGUCCCUGGACCCCGGGCACGCGAGGAUGAGGUGGACCACCUGAUUCUGCUGGCCGCCAUGACAGCCAUCAUGGCCGUGUGCUCUCUGCCUCUCACAAUCCGCGGCUUCACCCAGGCUGUGGCCCCCGACAGCAGCGAGAUGGGAGACCUCCUCGCCUUCCGCUUCAACGCCUUCAACCCCAUCCUGGACCCUUGGGUCUUCAUCCUCUUCCGCAAGGCUGUCUUCCAGCGCCUCAGGCUCUGGGUGUGCUACCUGUGGCCCUGGCCUGCCCAGGAUGCCCCUCGGAUACCCCUGUCCCCACCGGCACCGCUGCCGCCCCUGGCCUCGGGGAGGAGGGUUCCCACAGCUCCCCAGGGAAAGGAGAGGAACUGGGUGCCCCUGUCCGCCUGGGGUGAGGGGCGGGCAGCAGCAGUGCCCCAGGCGGGUGGCGGCCCCGUGGGAACACCGGUUAAGGCUGCAGAGGCCACUGCCCCUGCCGCCUGCUCCCUGUGCUGACAGCUCAGCAGGGCUGGGGUCCCUGGCUACCUUGUUGCCUUCUGGGCAAGGAAGUGGGGGUCACAGCUGUUGGGUGCAGAUGUCCGACCUCAGCCCGCCAUUCCUGGCAGGGCACUCAGCUGCUAUUUCUGCCAGGGUGGGUAGGCACUCACUACAGGCUCUGGGGGUGGGGGAGGGGCGGGCCAAGGGGAGUGAGGGAUCCAGGAGAAGGUUUACCCUGGAGCACAAACUGGCUCUCUCAAAAUAUCCAGCGCCUGGGCGGCCUGCUCAGGCCCUUGGUCCUCUUCCAUUUCACUGUCUAAAUAUUUAGAGGGCAGCUGGGUUCCCAGCUUCUGUGCAUUCGGGUCUGCAGGGGGUGUGUGCGGGGGGGGGGGGGCGGGGGCUAGGGUUCCAGCUCCUCUCCUUGUCCAUUAAAGGGGCCCUGUCCACUGUGCCCCCCCCACCUGAAUCUCCCGAGACUGCCCUGCGUUCUGCCAAGUGGCCCAGGAGCCAGGGGGCAUUCUGGGAGAAGUUCCAGACUCUCUCACGCACUCCUCCCCUGCCCACCGCAGGGCUCUGCUGCUGGGGAGUGGUGGGCCCUGAGAUGCUGUGUGUCUGUGUGUCUGUGUGUGUGUGUGUGUGUGUGUGUGUGUGUGUGUGUCUGUGUUGGGGGUGGCGCGCGUGAACCUCACGGACCACCCAAGAUGGCAGAUCCAAGUUCUGGAUCUGUCCCCUCGGUGGAGGAGGGGUGCCUGACUGCACCCCCUUAAUGUCACUCAUGCAUUCAUUGAAGGACCAGCUUCUCCCCCCUCCCCCCUGCCACCUUCUCCUGGGAUCCUCCUUACCCUGGUGGGGGGGAAGGGUGGCAGGGGGGGAUGCCUGAGAUUGAGCUGACCCCAAGUGAGUGACAGGAAGUGAGCUGGCCUGGGGCUGGGGGAGGGGAAUGGGAAAGCAGCCACACUUCCCUUUUUCCCACCCAGCCCCCCAUCUGGGGAGGGGCACCUGCCCCCCCAUCCCCGGGUGAGGAGAGAGCAGGGAGAGGACGCAGCAGCGGCCUGGGGGGUACCCUCCGGUCUCCUCUCUCCUCAGGGAGCCUUCAGGUAGGUCCUGCCCCAGGGCUUGGUGUACAGCAAAGCUCCUGGGGGCCAGUUACUGUUCCUGCUGUUGUUGUUGUCACUGCUGUACAGGUCCUGUGUUCAGAUCACAGAGAAGCACAAGGGGUGUGUGUGAGCUAAAAGCAGUGUGUACAGGAAUGGACUCUGCUUGGGGUCAUGAGAAUGUUCUGGAACAGGACUGGGGCGCAUGGUGCUGUGACCUGCCCUGACUGGCUCUGUGACUGUACAAUGGUGAUGCUUCUCACCUGGGAUCUUGCCACAAUAAAAUAGUGUGACUCUCAAACAAAAGUGAGCGUGCUCAGAAA